AUGCUAUUUGUUUACAUUCCAGAACGGCCGCAAUACAAGUCCAUGGGAAGGAAACUGUCUAUGGCAGAUUAUUAUGCACUGCAGGCGGCUUCCUUCAAGAAGGUUUUUCAAAAACUGGAAGUACUGCACGAAGAGGUGGGAGGCCUCCGCGAAGAAGUCAUCCGCCUGAGAGAGGCUCAUGCUGCAGCCCCUGCCGCUUCUCCACCCCCUCCUGUGCUACCGAAACUGCCCAUGGAGACAGAGGAGGAUGUUGCAGCCAUGGAGGCCUUUCUGGCUGAAGAAAGCAAUUUCGAAUACAUGGUCUCCCACCUCAAGAGCUUCGAUGGCCCAACACUUGCCAAAAAGGCAAACGGAAUGAUGAGCAGUUUGUUCACAUUAGAGUUAGCCGUAACCUACACCUACAAACGAUCAACGGGCAAGCGCGUCUUCGAAGGGACGGCAGCCGAGAAGGCUGUUCGUCGCGCUGCAAUGGAGAGUUUCCGAGGACUCGCGUCCAAGGAAUACACGUUCCACCUCGGAAACCGAUUCCGCAACGCGCGCGGCAACAUGAAGAAGCAGGAAGACGCGUACGUAAAGAAACAAGUGCGCGCAUUUGGAGGUGCGGGGCCAGAAGUGGUCCAGGACCAAGCAUGAGGGAGAAGUCUUGUCACUUUUUUUUUCUAAUAUUUGUUUUAUGUUUGCGUUUUAAAUGAUU